CUUGAUCAAUCAAUUAAUUUCAUCAGUAUUUUAAUCGAUCAGGCCAGUGCUGUAGCAAUGCAUCACUUCAUUUCCAUGAUGUUUUCACUGCUAGUCAUUACUGGGCUGCAGGUGAGCGUUCAGUCCGCAGGAAGACGUCCUGAGCGGAGCGUCAACAGACAUUACAGAUCGGAGCUGACUGUGCCGAAUGGAAGGGGAUGGGGGUCGUGGGGUCACAGGGAAAUGUGUCCAAGUGGAACGUACGCCGCAGGGUUUAGUCUAAAGGUGGAAGAUCCCAUUGGUCAUUGGGAUGAUACUGCACUCAACGGGAUACGCCUUCACUGUGUUCAUACGUCUACAGGCUUAACACACUCAUAUUACAACUACGUCUCAGUUGGGUCAGAUGUAGGCAGCUGGGGUCGUUGGACAGAUAUCAAAUGGUGUCCUUUUGGAUUCUUGACUGCUUUUCACCUGAGAGUUGAAGUGCCUCAAGGAAAGGGUGACGACACAGCCGCAAACAACAUCAGGUUCAUAUGCAGUCAAGGGCAUUUACUGCUGGGUGACGGCACACACUGGGGCGACUGGGGCGACUGGAGCCAAACAUGUCAAGGAAAGGGAAUUUGUGGUAUCAAGACGCGGAUAGAAAAGCCGCAAGGACGCGGAGACGACACCGCUCUCAAUGACGUGCGCAUGUUCUGCUGCAAUUAAGGUGUUAGAGAACGACAACAAGAACUGCAAGAAGAUCAGAUGGAUCAUAAUAAUUGAUCAGCAUACUGUUAUGAGCUCUCAUGAACCAUGUCAUACAACACCUAGUCAUUAACACAAAAUAAAGCAUGUGAUCAGGACCUCAACACAAAGCAGAGGUCGACUGUACAUCAUCUCAUUUAUUACAUGGCAAUGCAAAGUGUGUUUUAUCAGUUCAAUCUCUGUAUACUCGACAUUAACUGUAAAGCUGUCAACCCGGUUACCUGUCAUUUUUCUGAGGGCAUAAUUAUAU